UAUCGCUCUCCAGAAUCCUAAUCCCAACUACGCCCGUCCGAAAAUGAUCCGCUGAGAGUCCACCAUACGCGCGCUCGAUGUUUCUUUGCGAAACAUUAAUUCAGACGGAAUUAGGGCGGAGUCGGCUGCAAAAUAAAACUUUUUUUUUUUUUUGUCAUUUUUGAAGUGGGCCCGUGUCUCAGACUUCCUAUGUAAAUUUUUUUCCACACAUCCUCUGUUUCUGUCUUCAGUAGAUCUGCGCCGUAGAUCUCGUUCCUUCACCUAUCUCAGAUCGUACGACAGCCUCCACCUCCGUUGUCCGAAGUUCGCGUCACCCAGCUCGUGCCUCUCUCCGUUCUCAUUUUCCUCGUCUCUUCUCGGCCUCCUCCCAUCUUAAAUCCCUUUAGCCGCGACAGCCCCAGCAGACGCGGUUUGAUAUCUGGUGUUGAAGAAAUUGUUGAUCUUUUUCUCAUGUCAACUACGAACUUUGUGUGCUUCCUGAUUCCAAGCGCCAGAGUUAGAACUUGUGGGUCUUCUCUUCCUUUUAGCAUUACCACCAGACGGAGGUGUCAGAAGCUCUGCAGUCCGAUCACAGCAAGGGCUCCUAAGGAGGUUCUUUGCUUCAAUCCCAAGGUUAAGAAUGUACUGGACAGUGUAAAGUGGGAUGACAAGGGGUUAGUGGUUACCAUUGCUCAGAAUGUGGACACUGGAGCUGUUCUAAUGCAGGGAUUUGCAAAUAGGGAAGCUCUUGAAGCCACCCUUUCUUCUCGUAAGGCGACUUUCUACAGCCGUUCAAGGUCAUCUUUGUGGACAAAAGGGGAGACUUCAAGCAAUUUUAUUAACGUGCUCGACGUUUUUCUCGAUUGUGACCGCGAUUCUGUGAUAUAUCUUGGGAAGCCAGAUGGUCCUACUUGUCAUACUGGUUCUGAAACAUGCUAUUAUACUUCAAUUUUUGAUAUAUUGGAAGAUACACAGAAAAACAAAGAGCGGUCAGCAUUAACUACAUUGUAUUCACUGGAAGCUACAAUUUCUGAUCGCGAACACGAAAUUUUAACAGAACAAAAUAGAAAGCCCUCAUGGACCAGGAAGCUCAUGCAUGAUAACGAACUUCUUUGUUCUAAAAUCAGGGAGGAAGCCGAAGAACUCGCUCGAACGCUCCUAGAUGAUGAAGAUGGCUCCCGCAGCGUCGCCGAGAUGGGAGACCUGCUGUACCAUGCCAUGGUACUUCUCAGACUCAAGAACGUGAGAAUGGAGGAUGUCUUCGAAGUCCUUCGGAAGAGAUUUUCGCAGUCCGGGAUUGAAGAGAAGAACAGCCGUAGUUGAACUCAAUUACUUUCUUGCUUUGAACUGAUCUUUUAAGGUUCUAUAAUUUUCAACAAUUUCAGUUUUACAUGCAUACCUCCCAUUUCCUAUGUAGUUACAUAUUUAGCACCUAAACUUCAAUAAUUACAUAUAUGCCAGCCAACCUAUGUAUGAAAAGGUGUUUUU